AUGGCGUCGACGUGCUGGUCGUGCGGCGAGGGCCCGGUGGUCUCGGACCCGGACUCGGGCGCGCUCGUCUGCACCUCCUGCGGCCGCGUCCACGACGCCGGCGCCGGCGAGUUCGUCCACAACCAGACCUUCACCAUAGACGGGCAGCUCGACUUCAGCAGCUCCAAGCAGGUCUACAGCUCCGAGAACCCCUACCUCGACCGCAAGCUCUACCUCGCCACCGACGUCAUCACCUCCACGGUCGCCCCCUUCUCGCUCUCGCCCACCCUCCUCCGGGAGGUCCUCGAGAUGGCCCAGUCCGCCACCGACGGGGCCCUCGCCUCCCCGGGCACCGCCUUCCUCCCCGCGCUCGCCGCCGCCUGCGCCUUCCUCGUCGCGCGCUCCCACCGCCUCCCCAUCUCCCUCGCCGAGGCCGCCGCGGCCGCCUCCUGCACCACCUUCGCGCUCGCCGACCUCGCGUCCCGCAUCGCCUCCCGCCUCUCCCUCCCUCCCCUCCCGUCCUUCGACUACUCCGCCGCGCUCGAGCGCGCCGUGGAGUAUUCGGGCAAGCUCAGAGAAGCCGCAGGCGAGAAAACCGUAGACAUCCUCUCCCAAGCCAGGUUUCUCCUCCGCUGCGCCUCCAAGUGGUCCCUCACCACCGGUCGGCACCCGCAGCCGGUUGUCGCCGGCGUGAUCGCCUUCGCCGCAGAGCUGAACGGGGUCACCUCCAUGUCCGUGGAAGAAAUCGCCCUGGAGAUCCCGGCGGUGCCUUACACUAGCCGCCUCCGAUACAAGGAGCUCGUUGCUGCGCUGGUGGGUGUCGCGCAGAAGUUGCUUCCGUGGGGCGCCGAUGUCAAUGCCAGAAACCUGCUUCUGAACGCGCCCAUGCUUCUCCGGCUCAUGGAGAUGCGGUCGCAGUCCGACCCUUCGGAACAGUUUCUAGAGAGCUUCGCUCCGGACAUUGCUGGCAUUGUGCAGGUGUACUCAUCCGUCGAUGAGGACGAGUCCAAGUACCUCCAGAGUGUUCCCCUGGAUGCUGAUGAUUUGGAUUUCAAGAAUUCUGGGCAAGAAUCAGAGGAUCUGAAGAUCUCGGAGGGAGGCAUGUCGGAUACUUACCAGAACAUCUUAAAGAGGAUCGCUCAGCUAAAGGAACUUGGGAAGGUUGGCAAAGUUGCUAACAGGAGGAAGCGGUGGAAGAGAGGGCUGGACCUGGAGCCGUGGAUGGAUUCGCUCGGUAAUGGCUGGGCCAAGAACAUACCCCUUGAGGAGGUACCAGAUAUUGACAUUGGCUACGAUGCACCUCCUCCAUCGUUUACUGCUGGACUGGAGUUGAAGAAGCAGAGGAGAGCACGAAUUGAAGCUGCCAAGUGUCGGAUCGAUGAAAUUAGGAACCCUCCUGCUGCUCGUACUGCAAGUACAAUUGAUUUGCCGUCUACUCUUCAAACUGAAGAUGCCUGUCCACCCCAAAAAAAUACAACUGGUUUGCCGUCUGCUCUUCGAAAUGAAGAUGCCUGUCCACCCCAAAAAAAUAUCAAGAAAAGGCGAAAGAGACAAGAUCCUGCCAUGGAUCAUGUCACUCACAGAAACCAUCUGGCAGAGAUCUCAAAUGCUCCUGACUGUGGGAGGAAGAGACGGAAAGGAGGCGCAUGUAAUGGUAUUGACUGGGAAGAUUGUGUUAUCGAGCUCCUGUUGUUACAUGGUGCAAAUGAAGCAGAGAUAGAACAAGGCCAUUACAAAAGAUUGUUGGAUUUGCAUGUCUUCACUUCAUAA